AUGGAUUGGAAAGUCGCAUCCGAGCGCUUCUGCCGGUCCAUUUCGCAUUUAGAGACCAACUUAACAGAACGCAUUGAGACUCAUGACGUCGAGCUGUCGGAUCUCACGCUCGGCGGAAACGACUACGUGGAAUUCCUGCGCAAAAUGAUGACUGUGUCGGAACAAGUCCAGAACGUGUCGGGAUUAGGGCUCGUGCGCACGAAAACCUCGUACGCGCCGCUUUUGUCGCGUGCUAUGGACGAGACACUGGCGCUCGUGGGGGCCCACAUGGACGUUGUGCCGGCCAAUCCGGAAGGCUGGUAG